AUGGGUCUUUUCAGUCGCAAGUCUGCCUUAAAAGCAGAGCGUGGCCCCGAAGCCCCGGAAUACAAUGUGCGACAAGCACAACGCGAAGCAAUGAACCAGCCGACUCACUUCGGCCCCAACUUCUAUCAAGGUCCUGAACAACAAGAGAUCUUUGAUAGACGCCAAAAUGGAGAGGUGUUUGAGUGGGAUAAAGAUUGGUCACACCCAGAGCUUAUCAACCGCGCUCAUUCCUAUGACACGACCGUGGAACACAAAUACUCUGAUCCCUACGUGAAGAGACCGGCCCCUUGGAAUACUCAAAUGGUAGCUGAGCGUGAAUACUACAAGGAUCUCGGACACGGCAAGCAUUAUCGCCCACUUGAAGCGGACGUCAAGCCGGGACUGAAGACUUAUUUCGGCGACAAGCGCAAGCCUACCGAGAAGGAUAGGGAAGUCAAUCAGACUGCUCGAGCUGCUGCUACCAAGGGAAGAAAUCUAGCAAACCGCGCUAUGCAAGCUCGUGAAGGCUUUGACCACAAAUACCCCCAGGCAUACGAGGACCAUGCUGCCAUCGCAACUCACAGGAAGCAAAUUGACCAGUCCCGCAACACAGCCAAGAAGUUUGCAAAGCAUUCAGAGAAACUUCAUGCGAGCAGCGUGCGGUUGGAGGCGCAGACAAUUGCUUGGGAGCAGAGAGAAGCGAGGAAGAACGCCAAGAAGAGCAGCGGACGGGGAUAA